GGAAGUUAUAAACAUGGCCUAUAUACAGCAACGUUUCCGUUACUGGUUUGUUAAUGAGAUUCAAAGUUGUAGUUCCCUGCCUUACAAGGUAUAAAAGGGAUUUAAAUUAAGGAGAUGGACGUGAAAGUAUAACAAUGUCAUUCAAAAAUGAUCAUGUUUAAUAGGUUGCUACUCUAAAGCUGGAAAGUUGGACAAAAACUACCGUAAGUUUUCAAAAUAUCGCGGACGCCAUGUUUAUGUAUUCUAUCGUGAACAUUGAUUCGUGGAGGAUUUAAAAAUAUCAGGAGCUAUGUUCUAACGUUACGUUGCAAAGGGCCAUCGUAUGAGGUUAAGUAAUCCUUUUUUUUUAUUAGAAAUGUACUACGAUAUAUUAUGUUAAUGUACUAGCUACACUGAAUCACUAUUCGCGAAUACCAGAUUACUAUUUUUUAGCUCGCUAGCUCAGAUGCUAGUAGGCAUACUGUACCGAAAGCCUACCGCUCCAAGAAACCUAAAUGGCUUUAGUAGUUGAGCUUAACGAUUCCGAAGCUGGUUUAGGCAUGGUGAGAUUUGUUGCCUUAGAAUCAAAAUGCUGUGUUACGCUAGAUGUUUCAAGAAACGUAUUAGGCUAGUGCGCCUGUACAACGUGUGCGUCAAUUGCAAAUCAUUUUGAGUACAAACAUUUAUCCGAAUUUUUGUUGUUGUAUGUAGCUCUACUUUGGGCAUUAAUGAAAUGUCUUUGUUCUACCAAUUGUUUGCUGCCGUUGAAUUCAGGUCCUUUGAAUUUUGCUGACUCCAAACGUUGAAAGAUUCGGUUGACUUGGAUGGUUUGACACAUUUUGUCUGUUUGGAAGACCACAAGGUGGAGCUUUCCAGUCCCCUAACAAGACGGGCAUGUUCCAGUCUUUUGGACAGCCAGGAUCCACUACCUCUUCCCAGGGGACAAGUUUCGGGCAAACUGCGACGUUUGGGCAGUCAUCUGCCUUCAGUCAGCCAUCAGCCUUUGGUCUGACCUCAGAACAAACCUCCAUGUUUGGGCAAUCACCUGCCUUUGGGCAGGGACUGUCUCUGGGGCAGAGCUCUCUAUUUGGGAACAGGGGUGGGCUUGACCAUGCUUCUUCACCAUCCUCUACAUUUUCCACAAUGACCCAACCUCCAGCCUUUGGUCAGACCUUGUUGGGACAGAGUAGCACUGGAUUUAGUGGUCCUCCGCCAUCAUAUGGACAGGUAACUGGGAACAUUCAGAGUUCUGUAUUUGGACAAACAUCUGCCUUGGGUCUGCUGCCCUCUGAGUUUGGGCAGCAGACCCAAGGUUUCAGCCUCCCUUCUGGAACUUCCCAGGUGUCAUCUGGAACUACCCCCUCUUCUGGGUCAGGGCAGCCCAUGAGCUGCAGUCAGACUCCCUUUGGACUUCCACGCACCACACCCAUCUCCUUUGGCGCAGCUCCCAGUGCAGUUCACAACAUAGGAUUCCGGACAUCAGAUUUCAGCUUUAAACCAUGCAAUGAGGCAUUGUUCAAGCCCAUCUUCAGUGUUAGCCCUGAGCCUGCCAACCCUCUGCCUACUGCUGCAUCAGAAAAGCCCAUUAGCAGUGAUUCCCAGCCAUCAUCAAAUGGAAUGGACAGCAGUGCGUCCACUAGUUCUGGCUUCUGUCUGCUGACCAAUGAUCCUGUUGGCUUCAGCUUCUCACAGCCAGCGGCAGCUCCCACCAUCUCUGCUCCCAGCGGUGGUAUCGGCCAGAAUGACCCCCUCACCACCAAUGCCACCUCCAGCACGCUGCAGUUCACCUUCUCCCAACCAGGCACUCCAUACAAUACCAACACCAAUGUGAGCACAGAAGCUGGCUGCCAGCAGUCAGCCCCCAGAACCCCAUCUUCCUUCAGCUUUGUGCCGAAAGUCAUCCUUUCCCAACCAGUACCACCGAUGGCCCAUUUUGGAAGAGCCAUUUCAGAUAACACCUUGGCAUUUAGGGACUCCAAAGCCAAAACGGAGGGCCCAGUGAGCACUGAGGAGAGAGAUGAUGACCAAGAGAGUGCUUUUGAGCCGACUGUUUUCAGCAGGCUAGGGAAAGGGACCAAGCGAAAGGAGGAGCCUGUGGGUCCCGGUACUUCUGCAGGAAAUCCAACCAAUGCAGAGUACUCACAGGCUGGUACAGACGAGCCCAGACACCCUCCAAAAAGACCCCUCCUGAGGUCCUGUGCUCCGAUGGGUGGGCUCUUCCGUAGCGCCAUGUCAGGGCUAAUGAAGUCUACGGGCAAUGUGGUGCGGGGGGAGCUUUUGAAAGAGGGGGAGCUGCAGCAACCAGAGUUGGGGGAGAAGGAGAUUGCAGACACGCUGGCCCUGAGGACCCACAAAACCGCAACGCAGGCCAGUGGAUCAGUUCUCAUGAGAGAGACUAAAGAGAAAGCAGAGGAGAAAGGGUCAGUGGAAACCCCUGACAAAGAGCCUGAAACCAAGACCCCUGUGAGGCGAGCCCAACGUAGGGACAGCAUUGAUAGCCUAGGGGGCUUGUCUCCUACAGAUGCCACUAACAUCCAGUGCAAGAAUGUCCCAGCCAACCUCAACAAGAAAGAUAUUCUUGAAAAGCACUUUGGCCGCUUUGGGAAAAUUUGUAGGAUUAUGUGCCGGCCUCAAAAGAAUCUGGCGACUGUUCACUUCCAAGAUCAUACAUCAGCAGCAAAGGCAAAAAAGAAAGGCAAAAUUCUGCACAAACAUGAGCUACUUAUCUUCUGGCAAAGAAAAAAAAUAACUACAGGGAACAAAGGCGAGAGACCACCAGAAAGAGAGAAGCCACAGACCACAGGCUCUAGACUGGGGGGCUUACUGUCUUCCCCACUGAGAAAACCCCCACCCAAAGUUCCCACUGUGAGCAGCACUGCAUCCAUCAAUUUCAGUUCACCAGGGAAGAAGUCAUCUGUUGCCAAGUCUUUCCAGUUUGACAGUGAACCUCAACUGGAAACUAGUUCAGAGGGACAAGUCUCAAACUGCUCCGUUCCCUCUUCCCUCCUCCACCUGAUUGGCCAGCAGGCAGACACAGCUGAGGAGAAGUACCGCCUCUUGGAACAAAGGGACAAGAUCCUGCGUCAAGGUCGGCCCAAACGGACAGACCUGGACCUGUCAAAGGUGUUUGUGGGGACGUGUCCAGACAUGUGUCCAGAGAAGGAGCGCUACAUGAGAGAAACGCGCAACCAGCUCAGCGCUUAUGAAGUCAUCCCCAACACAGAGAUGGUGGACCACGUGGCAGCCAUCAAAGAAUACAGCCGGUCGUCAGCUGACCAAGAGGAGCCCCUGCCCUAUGAGUUGCGGCCCCUUACUGUCCUCAGCAUGACCAUGGAGUACCUGGUCAGCCAGAUCAUGGACCAGAGCCAUGACAAUUACCGUGACUGGUAUGACUUUGUGUGGAACAGGACCCGUGGUAUUCGUAAGGACAUUACCCAACAGCACCUGUGUGACCCUUUGACAGUGUCACUGAUUGAGAAGUGUGCCCGCUUCCAUGUGCACUGUGCUCACCACCUGUGCGAAGAGCCCAUGAUGUCUUUUGACGCUAAGAUCAAUAACGAAAAUCUGACCAAGUGUAUGCAGAGCCUUAAAGAGAUGUACCAAGACCUAGCCAAUCGGGGUGUCUUCUGCCCCCAAGAGGCCGAAUUCCGCCAGUACAAUGUUCUGCUCAAACUAAAUGAUGGAGACAUUCUCCGGGAGGUGCAGCAAUUUCGUGACGAGGUCCGGAACUCUCCCGAGGUGAAGUUUGCGGUCCAGGCCUUUGCUACACUUAAUAGUAACAACUUUGUGCGCUUCUUCAAGCUUGUGAAAUCUGCCUCGUACCUAUCCGGCUGUCUCCUCCACAGAUAUUUCAAUCAGGUCAGGGGUAAAGCUUUGAGGACUCUUAACAUUGCUCACACCGUGGGCUCCCAGAGGUCAACCAUAUUCCCCAUCGAGGACAUGGUGAGGAUGCUCAUGUUUCGUAACACAGCUGAGGCCACAGACUUCAUCCAACAGCAUGGACUUAAUAUCAGUGACGGCAUGGUGGAGCUGAGUCGGACUACCUACCAGGACCCGGAUGUUUCGCUGCUCCAGAGGAAGUCUGAGGCCAUCAUGAGGAAGAGGACCGUGCUGAUCGGGGAGAUGGUGAACGGAGGUCCACUACCUAAUCCUACCCAACACACUCCAGUCUGCAGCUUUGACUCCCACAAUAAGUACCGGGGAACUGGGCCCUUGGCAGAACCCACCACCUCCACCAUCAGGACCAGCCACAUGAGAUCAGCAGUGCCAAUUUUAGCCCUGGAGCCAGAGGUCAAGGCCCAGUCUGAGGCUGAAAUCAGACCCCAGAUGCUGGCUGAGCCCAGGCUGUUUGGGGAGCCCCAGCUCGUCCCUGAGCCCCUCAAGCCUGCAGUUGUUGACAAGACGGGGGAGCACGGGGAGCUCAGUGCAUUGACCCACGUUUCAGAGCCCCAGCAGCUGGUCCAGCCUGUGGCUCAGCUGCAGCCCAUACAACCUCUAUCACCCCCACCAAAACCUGAGCCUGUGUACUCUGAUGAGGACAUCCUAGUUGAGCUGGAGGGUGUGGUGGAGGAAGUGCUUGAGGCUGUGGUGUCUGAGGUUGCCAGAGCAGGGGCAGACUAUGCCAUGUCUGCUCUCAAUGAGAGCAGUGGGCAGGUGGAAGUGAUGGUAAGUGAGGUAGUGGAGCAGGUCCUUAAAGAGGUGUCUGCAUUUGAGAUUCAGUUGGAAGAAGAGAUCACUACAGCAAAGAAAAUCGAGAUGGAGGAAGUCAGGAAGAAGCAGGAGCAUGAGGCCUUCCUUGCCCAGUUCAGCGACUCCCUCUUUUCUAAGAUCAGUCAAGAGAUUCUGACCGAGUGCAUCCAUGAGACGGCUGCUUUGGAGAUACAGCUUGCAUUGGAAGAGAAGGCAACAUGUGUUGCUCGCUGCUCAGACGAAGUGUGUACCAACUUGGUGGACGAGACUUUAAAAGAAGAGAUUGUCCUUUUGGUAGAGGAAGUUUUGCAAGUGGAGCUACAGCGUAUACACAAAUACAUCAGAAGGUGGCAUGAUGUAGUUGCUGUGCGCAGACAGUUAAAGAGACAGAUGCGAGGCUUCCCUGCAGCCCCAUGCUGUGUAGACCCCCACUUCAAACUCCAAGCACUGGCCCCCAGCGCCCCUUCCAGGCCGUCCAUGGAGCAUCUUGCCCGAGGCUUGGUCAACCUGGGAAACACCGGCUACAUGGCCCUGUCUAGCACCAGAUUGUUGAAAAUGAGAAAAGACGCUAUCCAUCAGAUGAGAGUCCACAUCAACCAUCAGCAGCUGUUGAAUGAGUCUGUGUGGACACCAUUAGACCUGCCCAUGUUGGUCGCAGAGAACACACCCAACCCGUCAGACUGGAUAUAUUGGAAGGUCACCUUACUCCUGCCCAGCGUCCAUCAGAGUGUAACCAGCAUUGCGGACUGGAUAUUGUCAGACUGGUUGGAAGUGAAACUGGGCAGACUUGAAGAGAUGGAGAACACAGAGAAGCAGCCAGACAGUUCUCUGAGGACUCUGUACAUUGGUAAUGGACUCAGGGAGAAGGAACAGCGGAUACACAAAGUCCAUGUUUGUGUAAAGGUGUCCUGUGGCCCACUGACUGAAGAGGGUCUGUCUAAAAUGGAGGAGCAGACAGAGCUACAGGGUACAGGGGCCUUGCUAAUGCUGUUGCCCACCCUACAUGCCCCCCAGCCUGGCAGCCAGGACCAGGAUGUUCCCCUCCUCUCUGCUCUGCUACAGUUAAAGCAGCUACAGCAUGCCAGUGGCUGGCACUGCUCGCUGCCCCUUGCCAUAUUGGUACCAGGACCAGAGGGCUGUUUAGACGACACACAAAAACUGGAGCAAGAUCUGAUGCUGCUUUCUUUGGUUGAGGAUGGUUUGAUAUCGAAGUAUGUGUUCAUCCAUAUCCCAGAAACCACUAGUGACCUGCAAGGUUCAAAACAGGUAAGUCAGGCAGUGAGCUGGCUUGUAGCCCACACCCCAACGCCCCCCCUCCUCUCAUCUCAGACCCUGGUACAGUUUGUGGAGGCCGGACUGUGCAGCGAGUUUAGCAGCAGGCUCUACAGGAACCAGCAGAAACGAGUAAAGGCAGGCCUGCCAUACCAGGACCCCAUGCCUGUCAUCCAGCUUUACAAUGCUGUUUUGGCCUACCUAGCAGAGCUGGUUUCCUCACAGCAUUUCUCAAGCCUAUCCUGGCCACCGGGGGAGUUUGCCCUGCCUGAUACCCGGGACCAGGUGCCCCAUCUGGGCUGGAAUACAGGACGACAUCUUGACUGGCUCCGAGCCACCAUCCUUAGCCUGCAAGUACCUGACUGGGACCUGCCGUCUGCUUCAGAUUCGUGGCCACAGCUGUGCUCCUCCAUAUUCCAGUACGCCUCUCAGAUGUCAGCUUCCCACUCCAGCCAGCCCCUUCUCAUGUCCAAAUUAGAGAACCUCCUGGAGAGGGUUCGGUGGCAGAGCCAAUGCAGGGCCUCGUCUACGGCCUUGGGGGAGUGGGAGGAAGAGGAGGAGAAAUGGGGCUCCUCCUUCCAUCAAAUCCCUUGGGAUGAAGUUGUCGCCCAAUGCAUAGACCACAAGCUGAAAGACUGGCAGCCACCAGAAGACCUUGUGUGUGCAGAUGCAGUGACGGAGGAUGGGGAAAUCCUGGUAUAUUUUGUCAAGGAAGAACAAAAGGUGUUUGAGCCCCCCGUCCAGUGGAAGGAAGCGGUUACAUGUAUUCAUCCGGAGAAACAGCAAAACACAGAUGGUGAAAGGGCCAAUCCAGAUGGUAUGGGACACCAAUUUCCCUAUUCCCUCAGACAAAGACUGUUUCAGAGUGUGUGUGAAGUGCCUGAACCCACUGCACCUACCAUUGACAUUACACACAGACCCUCUAUGGAGCUCUUACCCUUCCGGGUCCUUGAAAAUCUUAAGGAGGAAAAGGCCCAGAGCCAAAGGUGUGUGGACCAGCUCCAGUGUUGGCUGGAUGUGGACUGCAUGGAUUCCCUUUCCCUGCCCCUCUUCAUGCCCUCCACCCUACUUUCCAUGCCUGCAAUCAUGGUGCCUCAACUCACAGCUGCUGGUUAUGCGAAACCCCUCUCUCUUAUCCAGGAGGACACAGAUGACCUAUCAGAGAGAGCAGAGCAUGGUUGGCUAAAGAGUGAACCAUAUUCCAUAGCACAGCGGAUGAAGGAAUUGAAAAUGCAGAUAUUGGCCAGUCAAGAGGAAGAUUUGGCAUGCAGCCUAAAGCUAACCAGCCUGCUGAAUAUUGUAGAGGACUGAUUAUUUUGCCCUACUGAUGGCAAAUUAAUUAAUCGACUGAGGACUUGUUCAUGAAAAUGUUUUGUCUUUUAAUCUUUUGAUAUUUCGUUUUUUUUCUGGUGGAAAAACAGCAUAAAAUGUACCUUUUUUUUUGGUCAUCACAGUAGUUAAUAGACAUGUACACCUCUGUGUUUACUGACAUACUGAUAAGAAAUUGAGUUCACUAAUGAAUGAGCAGUUAUGAACAAUGAUGGUGUCACUUUGAACAUCUUUCUGAUUGUAAAUUUUGCAUUUUGGCAUAUUUCAAACCCAAAGACCAUUGCUUAGUUUGUGUGACCCAUGUUUAUUUGUUGAACAGUGUGCAUUUCAGUGCUGUGAAUAAAAAGUUUCUAUUUUUCAUGGAAAUGUGCUUUAGAUUUACACCACGGUUGUGGUCAACCAAUCCAGUCAAUAAACAUAAUGCCAAAUUGAA